CGCCAGACCAGCUACUUCAGCUGCGAGCCUCACGCUUCGCGGAGACACACCUGGCUUGCUUUGCUUCGCUUCGCUUCGUGCAUGUGUGCAGUCCGCCUGCACUGACACGAGCAGCCGAAGGUCGUGCGUGAGCGUCGAUUUUGUCAUCUUUGUGUGUGUGUUUGAUCGCUGCGGGGUGGUUGCUUGGUUCGCUGGUGCAGGGAGGGUGGACGAAUCACAAGCAUCCGCACAACAAUCACACGGCGUGCCUCUGGAGUGCAUGCCGCUAAGCCACCCGCUUGUCUCUCCACUAUCCUUUGUCGUGAGCGUCUUCUUCUUCGCUGUUGUUUCCCCUUCUGCAAGCGUUAGGGUGCACACAAGCCCGGCGUCAUCCCCCCAUAUCAGCUGACGCUUGCCUUUUGCAUCGACCGCAGCUGUUGCGGCCAGCAUAGUGUGUGUCGUCCUCCCUGCCAGAGAUGGGGAGGGGCAGUGGCACCAACCACACCAGAAGGAAUAAGCAUCAGGGCGACAGCGGAAGUCCUGCCGCGUGGAGACAGAGCAUCUGCUCCCACGUGACCUGGCUCUUUCUCGUCAUCGCCGGGCUCGCACUUAUCCUGGUUGCACUGCUCACGCCAGAGUGGGUCGUCACGGACACGUCUGCAACCCACGCCGACGCCACCACCGAUGCCUAUCUCCUCUCCCUUGGUCUCACUGUCCAGUGUAGGCAGUACGUCAACAAGCCAGAACUCCUUAUCUUCGCACGCAAAGAGUGCUCCAGUUAUGGGCGGGAGUUUUCGCGCGCAUGGGCGGAGGAGCAGCGAGCGGCAGCGAUAUUGCUCAUUGUUGCAGGCGCUCUCAUCACCAUCGCCAUCAUUGGCAUUGCUUUCUUCUGUGACUAUGCGCGGUUUCUGUUCCAGCGACGAGUCGCCCGCCACGCCAUCCUCCUUGCAGCGGGAUGUGCCGUUGCGUCGGUUCUCUGCUUUGGAUUCGCCCUCAAACAGCUCGGACAAACAGACGACCCAGCCGCCCUCCCCGUCUGUCCAGGCGCGGAUGCAUUUGAUCUCGGGAGAUGCUCCCUUGGAUACAGCGCAAUCACAGGGAUUGUUGGCACUGGCGUGCUGCUGGUGGCGGCCGUGCUUGGAUACUGCUUGCAAAUGCCAGCGACUUCCCACCUCUUGCACAAGCUCGAGGCAAUCACCGCCACCACAACAACAAUGACCAUCACCAAACACCACCUGCACACCACACCGCCACCCGAGCUGCCACGGGGCGACCUGCUGGCACCGCUGUCGUCAUCGUCGAGUGACAACAGCUCCGAACCACCAGCGUCAAUGCAGUCCUCGUCGUCAGAUGUCACGUCGGAAACGUCGACAUCGGGCAACUCGAUGUGGUACGACCUCCCCGCUGGCGGCCACGAUCGAGUGCUCUUUGAACAGUCGAGGGAACAGCACCACCACCAUCAACAACAACACCAAGUACUCCUACCGCUCCAACGACAACAGCUCUCAUUGCACCAGCAGCAGCAGCAGGAGUUUGGGCACUUGCAUCAUCGCCAUCACCAACACCACCACGCACACAUCCAGCACUCAACACCAGACCGACCACGUGUGAGCGGACCCGUGCCACGCCCACCCGCAACCAUCGCGCUCACAUCCACCAUGAUGGCACCAACAACUACCGAAGCCGCGCCAACAGAUGCAGCAAGAAUAACUGAAGCAGCAGCAUCAUCGUCAACAGCAACAGCAGCAGCAGGAGGAGCACGUGGUGAUGAAGCUGCGAUGGAUAGGAGACACCGCCCCCUCCCUCCACUACCGCCACAUGCAACAACAGCAACAACAGUUCAAGUCAGUGGUGGUGGUGGUGACGAUGGUGAUAACGUGAGGAGGGACAAGGAGAGGAGAAGGAGGAGGAAAGAGUUGAAGAAAGAGCAGAGGCGGAAGCGAGAGAGAAAGCAACAGCGAAGGGACGUGGGCGGGUAUCUCCACGAUCAGCGAGGAGACGUGCACCCGCACCAACAACUCCAUGAAGCGCUGCUGCCAUCAUGGCGUGUGGAAGGUCGAGGAAGACUUGAACCAGCCGACGUGUACACUGCAUCACCGCCACACACGCUGACGCAGCGGCCUGCACAGCCACACCAACAACCUUCCCAGCAGCCCACAUUCGCUGUGCACUCGCUACAUUCAGCGCCACCGCCGCUCGUCACACACUUUGAUGGCGGCGGUGGCAGUGGUGCCAUGGAUAGGCAAGGCAGCACACGCAGCCCGAUUCACACCCCCGUCUUCUCCGUUGAGAACAGCGGCACCGCUGCGGGACAUGUGUACACGGCAGCAACUGCGCGGUCCGUUCAGCGCGUCAACAGGGGAUAUGCGGGCGACCUCGAAGCGUCCAUUCGUCGAAGAUAUUUUCCGCAGCAGCAGCAACAGCAGCAACAGCAGCAACAACAACACCAACAGCCCGUGGGUGGUGGGCGCGUGCAGGGCUCUGUGUACGGCACAACACGUACUGUGGAGCGAAUGUUUGCAGCAGAGAGCGAGCGAGCGCAUCGCCCGCUCGGCUCCGGGCACACGCACACCUCGAGCCCACCGCACAUCCUGUUUCAGUCAACACAUACGUGGCAGCAGCAGCAGCAGCAGCAGCAGCAGCAUGUGUUUGUCUAUGGCAGUGCACAACGAGAUGCGACGAUGUCAAAGCAGUAUGACUCGCCACCCCACGUUAGCACACUUGGGCGCGCGCAGUCACGCCACUCGACGAUGGGCGAGCGCACGCAUGUUGCGUUUCCUCCAGCACCACCGCAACCAGCGGCACCAAUAGCACCAACUGCACCAGCACAAGAGAGCACAGCAGCGAUAAUGACAGCAGCCGCGUCAGGGAUAGCAGGUGUGGCGCGCCCAGCACGACCACCGGCACAACCCCACACGCACACGGUGGAUGGCAUGCAUGUGUAUGAGUACCGUGAGAAUGCACAGUAUCAGCCAACCGAGGGCGAGCCACACGCAAGGGCGGUGCCGCGAGCGGGGAGUGGCGUGCCAAAAGGCAAUGCAGGACCCACAACAUCAACAGCACCAACAGCACCAACACCAGCAGCAGCAGCAGCAACAACAACAACACCAUCUGCGCGAGGCGCCACACGGGCAUCGGCAAGCGUCUCGGGUCGUGCACGCCGGCAGGACUCUGCUUUUUAUUCGCACGGGACAGUCCCAAGCCUUGGACGUUACGCAAGCAUUGGCGAGCAGCCGUUCUCAUACACACAAACAGCACCAACAGCAACAGGAGGCGCAUUGCACCCUCGCAUGCCUCAAACGCGUCAGCAGCAACAGCAACAGCAAACGUUGCCGCAACGUGGUUGGGGUGUGAUGGUUGGUGGUACACGGGUGCACAGCAUGACACGAAACACCACCACCACCACCACCACGACUGCAGCGCAGCCGCAAGAGAGCGUGUACGAGAAUCCGCACAAGUACAUUCCCCGACCCGUCAGUCGCGGGUCCACGGAUGAUCCAAGCAGCGAUUCCACCCAGACCCACCAGUCAUCAUCCGCCACAAACAGCGGCGACACAGCGCCUCGGCCUCCACGACUCUCAAAACCACCUCCGCCGCAUCCUGCAGCUGCACAUCACCAACACCACCGCCAUGGCCACCCGCCGCCACCGCCACACCAUCGCGUGCCGUACAGCGCAACGAAUCUGCCAAGUGGCGGGUCUGAAAUGUCGACGGCUGCUGUGUUCACGUGGGACAGCGUCGUGUCGGAACUCCGGAGCAGCACCGAUCCCAAACGCGAGCGCCAGCAUGAGCAUGGCAGUCGAGUAGACACCAGCCCUGUUGACGACGACGACGACGAUGGCGAUGAUGGUGGUGGUGAUGGUGAUGGUCUUGACACCGGUGCCAUCUUGGAUGUGCUGCGACCACCAUCCGCGAUGUCUGUUGAGCAUUUUGUAUAGCGUCGCUUAGACUUGCCUUCCUGCUUUCCCUUGCUUGCUUGCGUGUGUGUCUGUCUAUCUGUCUGUCUGCCUGUCUGUGUGUCUGUGUGUGUGUGUGUGUGUGUCUGUGUGUGUGUGUGUAUGGACUUCGUGUGUUAUGUCACCGCGGUUUGUUGGGACUGGUUCUCAGCAUUGUCCACCAGCUGUAAAUUACUUGUUGCCCAUGCAUAUAUGCUACCAUGUUACCGCUACUUUGUUCCCUUGUUUGCGUCUGUGCUUUAUGUGCAGGCGAGUGUGCACUCGUCUGCGUGUGUGUGUGUGUGUAUAAGCAUUUGGCGGCUACGCACGCUCCUGCCCCUGCUCCUAGGUGUCGUUUUGGUUUGUGCUUAAUCGUGCCCCGUUUUGUGUUUUGAAUCGCAUGCAAUGUUGCGUCCAAUAUUUGAUUGGUGGAUUGGUUGAGGCUUGGUUGCGUUACAAGCGUGCGCAUGAUGUGAUGUGCCUCCAGGUGUCCGCUACAACUGCGCAUGCGCAAUUCCACCAUCUUCUUGCCUGUUCUACAUAUUGUUCAUUUUCACUGCUUUUGGUUAUGUUACCGCCAUUAUUGCUCCUUGUCCGGUGCUGUCGCCCAACAUGUUUGGAUGGCAUCACCACCCAAUACACAUUCAAAGAACAACAGAA